AUGAUGACCCGAGCGGCUAUCCCGCCCAUCUUGCUACAGCUUCAAAGCUCGGACGCAACCUCCUCCCAGGUCGCCUGUCUCCGAAGCUUGAAGAAUGAGCUGAUUGGUCACGAUCAACGCAAGGAGACAUACGUUAUCGCUGGAAUAAUUCCCGUGCUAGGACAGGUGCUCGCAUCACGAUGGCCCGGGAAACCAGUUGCAACUGAAUCUGGAUCGUCUCAAACACCAGACGAUCUAGAAGCCUGUCUACAGGCAAUCCUCAUAGUUGCAAGCCUAGCUCAAGGUGGUCCAACGUUCCUAUCUCCGAUCUUCGCUAGUGAUAUCAUUCCUACGCUUCUCUCCAUAAUCUCUUCGCCCGAUUGUCCACAGUCAUUUUGCCUCCCAAUUUUACGUCUUCUCAAUACCAUCGCCGACCGUUUACCAUUACAAAGCCAGGACCAGUGGCCUCGGGAUACUCGUCUAGCGGAUAGCGUCUUUGCAGCUGAAACAGUCGGAGCUAUCAGGCGGAUUAUUGCGCAGGCGUAUGGAAACGCCGCUAGUCAGGCAUGUAUCGAGUUAGCUGCUGCCCUGAUUGGAAAGCUUUGCACGGAAGAGGUCCAUAAGACGACAUUGGCGGAAUGCGGAGUCCUGGACGCCCUGGCUGUCAAAAUUGCCAGUUUCGUGGUUGCCGAAGGCUUUGUAUUGCCUGGUGCCGAGGGCCAUCUUCGAGAUCCUGGAGCUCUGGGUGAAUUCCCGCCAGCCGCACCGGCAUCAGCUCGGCUGGCCCCUAUCCUUCGUGCGGUCACUGUGAUUAUUGAGCAAUCAAAAUCGCGUGCAGAGCAUUUCCCUUUCUUCCCCUGGAGUGUCAUCGUCAGGAUCGAGCAAUUUUCCACCGCUAGGAGGCCCCGGGUUGCAGCGUGGCCACAGCCAUUCUUUCCCAACCCCCUUCUCGCUGGCCGAGACAUCUUCCCCGAAGAAGAAGAGAACUGCAUUGUUCCCUGGCUUCUUUGUAUUCUUCGCUCUAAAAGUGGCAUGGUUAGACUAAUGGCUGCUCGGCUGGUCACGGUUCUCUUUCGACUGAGCCUUGCUAAGAAACAUCGGGUGCCCAUGUUCAGUUAUCUCUUAGUCCCGAUCCUCAUUCGUAUGCUCGAUAAAGAUUUCAAAGUACCGGAAGAGCCAGGUCCGAGCGAUGACGGGCUUCUUACUCUAACGCAGCGUGUGAAAGAGGAAGCACCUGCUGUCUUAGCUAAUCUGGUCAUGGACGACCAGGAGCUGCAGAAACAUGCCGUGGAUGGACAUGCACUGAAGCGACUCUCCCAACUUCUGAAGGAAACCUACAACCCAGUUGCAGAGACAUCACGACCGAUGUGGUACCCGGAGGAAGAUGGCCCUGUUCGAGAUCCAGAGUCAACGUCGGCUGAUUGUCGACUUGGCCCUCCUGGAUACUCACCUACACUCUGCCAUGUGAUGCGGUACCGAGAAAGCAUUCUCAAGGCCGUGGCUGCCCUGGUGCCCUUCAAAGAUGAGUACAGGAAGUUGGUUUGUGAGCAUGGCGUAGUUCCAUACAUAAUUGAUUCCCUCAAACCUCGGCCCACGGAUGCUCCCGCCGACGCCGCAUCGGUGCCUAAGAAUACUGCAGCGGAUGGAAACCCAACACCAACGCUUUUAGCUGCAUGCGGUGCGGCUCGCAUGCUCACCAGAUCUGUCAGCGUUCUGAGAACAAGCCUUGUCGAUGCCGGUGUGGCUCCGCCACUGUUUAUCCUCCUUAAACACCCGGACCUUGAAGUUCAAAUCGCAGCCACUGCAGCGCUGUGCAACCUAGCCCUGGACUUCAGUCCUAUGAAAGAUGCAAUCGUUCAAGCUGGCAUAAUUCCUAUUCUGUGUGAGCAUGCCCGUUCAUCCAACACAAAGUUGCGGAUCGAAUCAUUAUGGGCACUCAAGCACGUGGUAUUCAAUACCGCCAAUGAUAUCAAGAUGAAAGUCGUUCAAGAUUUGAGUCCUGCGUGGAUCCGUCAAAUCAUUAGCCAAGAUCCGGUGAGCGCCUUGGCCAAACGGGGCCUCGAGGAGGAGACUGAAAAUACUAGAGGGAUUACCAUGGGCCGAGUCAACUCAGCCGGCGAACAAGUCGAUUUCCUCAACCCCAUGGAAGACUCCAACGAGUCAGGUGGGGAUUUCAGGAUGAGUGAGAAUACACCUCCAUCGAAGCUGAACUUGGACAAGUUCCUUCCAGAUGCUAGACGUCGACACAAACUCGUCCUCCAUGAAAAUUUGAAACAGUCAACUCAAUCCCGCCAAGAUGACAUCGCAGUGCAAGAGCAAACAUUCGACUUGUUGCGAAAUCUUCUCUGCGGGAACGGUGCAACUGAAAUGAUUGACUAUCUCUUCAGAGAAAUCGGCCAGGAAGAGCUACUGGAUGCGCUCGCCGAUAAUCUCCGUCCCCGUACCACCAUUCAACUGCCACAUCGUCGUGACUCUCCCAACCGAACACUCCAAGUACCCCAUGAGAUUCUCAACGCCGUCACCGCGGUGAUUAUUCACAUUGCUGCAGGACUUACCAGGCACAGACAGCUCCUGAUAUCUCAUCGGGAUCUUCUACGAUCAUUAGCAAGCUACUUCAAUCAUUCACACCGAGAGAUUCGGAUUAAUUGUGUUUGGGUGGUAAUCAAUCUUGUCUACGAGGAUGAUCACAAUGAUCGUGAGGAAUGUCGUGAGCGGGCCGCUAGACUCAAGGCUCUUGGAGUUACGGACCGGUUGGCGAGUCUCAAGGAUGACACGGAUCUCGAUAUUAAGGAGCGUACCAAAAUCGCUAUUUCCUUAUUGAAUCAGCUCGGUUCGGCUUGA